UACCCAUUAAGCCCUCUCCAAACACGUCCCCCAAAAAAUUUGCCACACCACAACUCUGUAUCUCUCUCUCUCUCUCUCACAAACACACACACAUAUGGAGUAUCAUUCCAAGCCCAGCCAUGGAGCACCACCACCACUCUAGAAAAACAUAUUCAUUCGACCCUCAUGGAGCUCCUAAGGUUCUCAACUCUACUACUCAUGCUCUCCAUGGAAGCUUUUCUUUUCUUACAAAAAUGGGAACCCAUUUUUCAUAUACUCUCACUCUCUUCAUUCCUCCUCUUCUUCACCCUCCUCAACUACCACCUCUCAAUCCCACAACCAGUCUACCUCCUAGACUUCUCAUGUCUCAAACCACCAGACUUCUGCAAAGUCCCCUUCUCCACCUUCCUCGAACACGCCGGCAUGGCCGGUUUCUGGGACGAAAACACCACAGCCUUCAUGGCCAAAGUCCUCACUUCUUCAGGACAAGGCCAACAAACCUACCUCCCACCAUCUCUACACCACAUUCCACCAACAUCACACCACCACGAAGCCAUUAAAGAAGCACAAAUGGUUCUCUUCCCAGUAUUCGAAGACCUUCUCUCCAAAACCAAUCUCUCUCCUCUCGUUAUCGACAUACUUAUCGUCAACUGCAGCGGGUUUUGCCCCGUCCCUUCUCUCUCCUCCAUUAUCGUCAACAAAUAUGCCAUGCGAGACGAUGUUAAGACUUUUAACAUUUCCGGCAUGGGCUGCAGUGCAAGCGCACUCGGCAUUGACAUGGCUCAGAAUCUUUUGAAAGUUUACAAAAACUCUCAUGCUGUUAUUCUCAGCACUGAGAUACUGUCCACCGGUUGGUACCCGGGAAAAGAAAAAUCCAUGAUGAUUCUCAACUGUAUGUUUCGUAUGGGCAGUGCAGCUAUAUGGGUCACAAACAAAAAAGAAGCUAAAAAGUUCUCCAAGUAUAGGUUGUUGAGGACUUUGAGAUCACAGAGCGCUUUUGAUGACAAGGCUUACUAUGCGGCCUUUCGAGAGGAGGACUCGAAAGGAAUGACCGGUGUGACACUCAGGAAGGACGUGUUGCAGGUGGUCGGAGAAACUCUCCGGCCAAACAUCACCGUCCUUGGUUCGUGGAUUUUGCCGGUGACGGAAAUGUUCCGGUACGUGGUUUCGAAGGUUUGGAAGAGAGUUAUUGACAAGUCUGUGGAAAUUUACAUGCCGGAUUUCAGGUCGGUGAUUGAGCAUUUUUGCUUGCCGGCGUCGGGGAAGGGGAUGAUAAGAGAGAUAGGGAAAGGGUUGAAGCUUGGAGAGAGAGAUAUGGAGGCUGCUUUGGUGACAUUGCAUAGGUUUGGGAACCAGUCUUCAUGUUCAGUGUGGUACGAGUUAGCAUACAUGGAGGGUAAGGAGAGAGUGAAGGAAGGUGACAAAGUGUGGAUGAUUGGGAUUGGGAGUGGGAUUAAGUGUACUAGCCUGGUUUGGGAGUGUGUUAGGCCCAUUGUUGGGGAGGCCCAGAAGGGCCCAUGGGAUGACAGCAUUGAUAGGUAUCCAAACUUGGUUAUUGGUGAUGAUAAAGAUGUGUACUAGCUCAGCUCCUGUUUUUCACAUCUUUUUCCAUUCAAGAAGUCUAUUCGACUUCAAAGUGUCUAAAAGAGAUAGGUAUCAUGAGAUUUUUUUUAUAAAUUUUUUUUUAUGACAAUGAUUAUAAAAAAUUUGUAAUUUUUAAAUUAUCUUGAUUAGUGUGUAGUGAUUUAUUUUAAGUGUAAUCUAAA